AUGUCCUUCCCGCGGCUCCUCCUCGCCCUCCUCGCCGCGGCGGCAUUCGCGCCGGCCGCCCGCCCACGCGGCGGCCGCCUGCGCGGCGGAGAAGUUCUCGGGCAACCGCCCUCCCCGCCGUCCUCCGGCGGGUGGGUCGCGUGGGGGCUCAACCCCAAGGCGCAGAGCAUGGACGGCACGCAGGCGCUGGUGGCUGUCCCCAAGUCCGCCGGCGGCGGCGGGUACGAGGUGCAGACCUACAGCAUCUCCGGGUACAAGCUCGACUCCCCGGGCUCGCUCCCCAACUACCAGACGUCCGACCUCGCCGCCGAGGUCGGCGCCGACGGCCGCGUCCAGGUGUUCGGGACCCUCAAGCUGCAGAACGGCACGGGCGCCGAGGUCAACCAGGUCUGGCAGGUGGGGCCCUACUCUGGUGGGAUCGGGGCGCACGACACCAAGCCCGGCAGCGACAGCAUAAACGCCAAGGGGACGCUCAACCUCCUCACCGGGGCCACCACCGCCGCCAGCGGAGGCGGCAGCAUCCUCAGGAAGAAGAAUACUCAUGGAAUCCUGAAUGCUGUGAGCUGGGGUCUUCUGUUGCCGAUGGGAGCCAUUUUCGCAAGGUACCUCAAGACAUUCAAAUCAGCUGAUCCAGCAUGGUUCUACCUCCACGUAGCUUGCCAGCUGAUCGGGUAUGGCGUCGGAGUCUCCGGCUGGGCAACUGGAAUUCAUCUUGGAAACCUGUCCAAGGGAAUCACCUAUUCGCUUCACAGGAACAUUGGGAUCACAGUAUUCGCUCUUGGUACUCUGCAGAUCUUUGCGCUUUUCUUGAGGCCGAAGAAGGACCACAAGUACCGGCUGUACUGGAACAUCUACCACCACUCGGUCGGUUACACCAUCAUCAUACUGGGCAUCGUCAACAUCUUCAAGGGCAUGUCGAUCCUGGACGUGGAGCAGAAGUGGAAGACGGGCUACAUCAUCGCUAUCGCCAUCCUGGGCGCCAUCGCCGUGAUCCUGGAGGUCGUGACAUGGGGCAUUGUUUUGAAGCGGAGGAAAGAGGACAGCAAGACCUCCAACGGCACCUCCAACGGCGGCCGCUUGCCGCUAUCUUUGUAA